AUGAAAAGCACGGUUUCAAAAAUCAGAGGCAAUGUCGCCAUUCAUGCAAUGCGACCGUCGUCAGUUCGCAGUCUGACAACCACAGCUAGAUUACGUGCGGCAACGCCGCCACCAGCAUCGGAAAAUGGAGCAGUUAAUUCAAGGUGGCUAUCGGACUUGCAGAAGAGACUGAAACAAUCCCUGUCGCUCAAAAUUGCACCGAAAAAGGUAGACGAAGUAAGGGAACGACUGGCAUAUCUGGAUAAGAAUUGGCUGGAGCUCUCAGCUGGACGAGAAGGAUACCUGGUUGACCCGGAGAGGCGAGGGUUGGAUAGACACAUGGUGCAAUGGGGAGACAUGGACAUGAUGGGACACGUCAAUAAUGUCAUAUACAAUCGGCUCGCUGAGUCUGGCCGUGUCAAUUGGACAAGAAACCUUGCACAAUUUUCAGACCCCAAGUACCAACAGGAAUGGUUUGAUCUCAUGUCACCAAAGAGCAUCGGCCUCAUCUUGGCGAGUAUCAGGACCGACUUCAAAUUUCCCAUGACUUUCCCAGACCGUGUCACAGUUUUGCAUAAGCUCGUCACGAAGCCGGAUUACAGCUCUGACCGCUUCUACUUGGAAGCCGUCAUGUACUCCGAGCAGCAAAGACGACCUGCGGCGAAAUGCUUUGAGGAUAUCGUUGUCUACGAUUACAGAGCGGCCAAGAAGGCGCCUCUGAAGCCUUUCAUGGUUGAUGAGCUGCAGGCAACGUAUGAUCUACAAGAACAGAGGAAGAAGGAAGCUGAGAAGAAGGUGGCCGAGCUACAAGCAUUUGUUCAACAGGUAGAAGACAGUGCUGGCGCGGCAUAGAAAGGUAUAGACAGGCUAUAUUUUUGGGGUAGAUACAGGUCA